AUGGCGAUUUUUAUUGAAGAUUCUUCAGAGAUACCAUGUGAUUAUUGUGUGGCUUUGAAAAGAUCUUUCUACUGGGUCUCGUUUUCUGCUGUUAUUCCUUUGGUCACGUUUACAGCUUUACUUUUACUCAUGUCUACGGAGAUAGAUUACGCAACUUACGAACAAACAGAAAUCAUAACAAGAUACAUAAUACAAGCUAUCCUGGCAAUCCUGUACCUUCAACUGAUCGUGGCCGCCUCAAUUCUGGUCAUCUCCUUCGCCAAGAGACAUACUCCUAUCUUCAACGUCUACAGUUGGUAUCUUACAUUCCAUAUCAUCAUAAUGGUUCUAUAUGUAGCUCUUAGUACUUUGAUGACAGGCGUGAAUAAUUGUAUUUUGCUCUCUUUUGUGACAUUUUUUGCCGGUUUAGGAUAUUUUGCAACAGUUUAUAGGAAAAUGAAAAAGAAUAAUUUUUGGUCUGAUUUAAGAAGGUUGUACUAA